CCCCAACCGCCACCAAAUCUUGCCUAGACUGUAUGUAACCCCCAUUUUGCUUCUUCCCCUCGAAGUAAGGGUUUCCCUCUCACUUCAUUGAGGCGAAAUCAAUCAACCAGAUCACCUCAGAUUCGGUGGAUGUCGAUCCCUCCGCAAGGCCACGUUGGAACGGAAAAAGAACUUCUUGCAUGCCGCUUGCGGUCCACACUGGUGGUUACGCAAUCGCCUUCCGCAUUUAAUCCGGAGAUUCAUUUAUUUAGUCUUGAGAAGGGAAGGGAGUUGCGCCUCAACCACAUUCCUCAUUUCCCUCGUCGCUGCGAUGGCAUUUAACGGUCGGGACCAGGAUCUCCGAUCUCCCCCCGCGACAGACAACAUUCCCCUGAAUGAUAUCGAGUCUGGAGCCAAUCGCGACUCCCAAGAAUCCACGAAAUGGACGAAUAUCACCGAUUUCACCCCGUCGCAUAUCCUUUCCGAUCCCUCAAGUCGUGUCCAUGCCUUCGCCAACAAUUGGCAAGCAUGUGUGGGAUCAUUUUUGGAUAAACUUGCGAUCGCCAUUACUCCGAGUUACCUGCAGCAUUUGGUCGGCGGCCAACCGCCCGAAUCCUCAAAACUACAUGCUAUCGCAGCGCUGGACGGUUUGCGUGGCUGGGCCUGUCUUCUCGUGUUCAACUUUCAUUUCCUCUUCACUUAUACCUGGAAAGUUGCGGUCGGAUGGGGUUUCAAUCGGGAGAAUUACAACCUCUUCCAGUUGCCCAUCCUCCAUAUGUUAGUAUCCGGUCAUAUCAUGGUGGCCAUCUUCUUUGUGAUCUCCGGAUAUGUCCUUUCCUACAAACCGUUGAAAAUGAUCCGCAGUCGAUCAUGGGAACAGACUUUCACCGUGCUGGCCUCGUCUACAUUCCGCCGUGGCCUUCGCCUCUAUAUUCCCUCAGUCAUUGGCAUCGGGAUCGUUAUGCUGGCCGUGCGAUUGGGUGUGUAUGACUAUUCGCAGAGGGUUCUUUACGAAGGCCACACCAUUCAGGGCACCAAUGAGCAACAUCCUCCCAUCCUGAAGUCCUUUCACAAACAAUUCUGGGACUGGUACUCCACAGUAGGACAUCUGGUGAAUCCAUGGGAUUGGGCUCUGUACUACAAUAACUACAAUCCACACCUCUGGACCAUCCCCGUUGAAUUCCGUUGCUCCAUCGUUCUCUUCCUCACCAUCCUGGCCACCUCCCGCGUAACCACUGUUAUCAGGAUGUCUCUAGUCAGCACACUAGUCUGGUUCUGUAUGCGCUGGGGCCGCUGGGACGUCGUCCUCUUCCUAAGCGGCAUGCUGAUGGCCGAAGCAGACCUGAUCAACGGCACAUGGGAGCGCCUAGCGGAGGGCGAAAAGCCAUGGAGCGUCCGUUUCCCAACGAAGUACCACCCUUUUCGACUAUCCAAUCGCAAACUAUGGAUUGCGCUUUUCAUUCUAGGUCUCUAUUUCGGCUCUGCUCCCAACACCGGCUACAGAUGGACCCCAUUUUAUAUGUGGACCUGGAGCGUGACCCCAAAAACCUACCCCGAACCGCAUCGGUUCCCUCAAACCAUCGGGGCGGUUCUCAUUGUCUUCAGCAUCAACCAUUCCAAAGACAUCCAGAAACUCUUCACCAACCCCAUCUCCCAAUACCUCGGCAAGAUCUCUUUCGCCUUCUACAUUGUGCAUGGGCCUAUUCUUCACUCGCUUGGCUACUCCCUCAUGCCCAAUAUCUGGGCGGUGAUUGGCAAGGACUCCGAUUUCCAGUACUGCCUGGGCUUCCUCAUCGGUUGGCUCAUCUGUCUUCCUCUAUGUCUGUGGGCGGGUGAUAUCUACUGGCGCGCGGUAGAUAUUCCGAGCGUCAAGUUCGCUCGGUGGGUCGAGGAUAAGGUCAUGGUCAAGGCGACGGGACAGGAGAACGGAAGUGCCAACUCGCGUCGCGAGUGAUUGCUUAUCCGGGUUCGGUGCCUGUCGCGGAAAUGGUCUUCAUUCAACAUUGGUUUUAGCGAGCAUAUUAUGA